AUGACAAGAUUGCCUAUGGGACUCAAAGUAGCUCCCAGUGUUUUUUCUAGAGCCAUGACUAUUGCUAUGUCAGGCUUAAAUUACGAAAUUUUUUUUAUUUAUUUAGACGAUUUAAUAGUAUUUGGAAAUAGUCUUGAAAAUCAUAAUAAAAGUUUAGUUAAAGUAAUGUCAAGGUAAACUAAACCCAAACAAAUGUGAAUUUUUAAAGAAAGAAAUAUUAUAUCUAGGUCAUUUAAUAUCAGCUGAUGGUAUUGCACCCGACCCAGAAAAAAUUAACGUAGUGAAACAGUAUCCGGUUCCAACAGAUGCAAACUCGGCAAAACGCUUUGUUGCAGUUGCAAACUAUUACAGAUGGACAAAAGAAUGCCAAACGGCAUUUGAAACAUUAAAACAAAAAUUAAUUAAUCCAAUCUUAUCCAGAUUU